AUGGCUCUCCUUAACCCGACCUUUCUACUCGGCGUCAUCGUUCUUCUCUACCUGUCGUCCUUCGUACUCUUCGCCGUUAUUCGAAUUCUCACCGGUAUAUCGAUCCAGCGAAUAGGAUACCUGUCGUUACGAAGACUCGCCUACACCCCUACGGAUGGCUGCACGGUGGAAAUUCGCAGUUUGGGCCUCCACAUCCAUCGUCCAACCUUUGCGCAGCCGACGUGGCUAAGUAUCGUCCUGAACGAGCUUGUUGUUACCCUCAACGUGCAGGAGCUCGAGGGAAAGAAGUGCCGUGAGAAUGGUGACGAUAGCAAUGCCACAGGUAGUGAAUCUGAGUCUACCAAUGGCCAAGUUCCAAAGAUACGCCCCUCGCUGCAACGAGAUGCCAGCACGCCUCCAGGUCGCGAUACCUGGAAGCAGCUUUCCAAAAUGAAAGACAAGAUCAAGAGAAUCCAUCGAAUGGUGAAAUGGCUCAGAAUGAUCGAUGUUAUUGCGACCAACUCUACCAUCCACGCUGUCGACGUGGGUAAUAUUCAAGUCGGAAGCAUUACGUUGGCAGUCGACACGCGAAACAAAAAGGUCGACCGUGCUCGAUUUUUCCAUCAAAAAUCGAGCUACUACAAGCAUGGGCAUCCAGCUGAGUGGAUCGUGACGGUCCGAAGUGUUCUCUUCACAGCGGAUGGAAACGAGUCGCUGGAAAUAUUGGACAAUGCACUGCUUAGUGUGCACGGCUUUCUUCACCACUCCAGGGAGGGCUUACGUGAUGCCACUGUGGCCUUGAAACUCGGCCGUGUUCACAUACCGUAUGAUGAUUUGGAGCUGUGUAUGUCUCAUUAUCACCGGUGCCGAAGGCGGACUACCUUUUACGAAUUCAAGCAUUCCGUCGAUGUCCCCAUUCGGACGCCUCGGCAACCAUCAGACAUUAAAGAAAAGGACGAAGCUGGCCAAGAGACUCCCAAGGUUACACCAGGAUCUCACGAAUUUUUCAACUCAAUUCUUCGCGGAAUCAAGGAAAUACAAUUUGCGGUCAGCUUUAUCAGCGUCAACAAGAGAGCACAUUCGGUGCAACCCAAUGCUCAGCCAGUAUUGCUCAGUGCUUCUAUGAAGGAAUUUGGUGUUGAUCUCCAUAGAUUGGAUCCAAACUCGCCUUCGCACAGAAUGUACUUUCCUCCCAAGGAUGUGGCCCACGAAGGACUCGCUGCAGCACUUUCACUGUCUGUUGGUAUCGACGACGGCAAUGGAAGACCAGAGCGCCUGCUGUACAUUCCAAUGGCUACGACGACGAUACGCACGACUCUUCCCUCCAAAACGGUGCAGCUCUCGGAUGACAAACAUGGUAGCGUCGAAGAGAAGAACGCCAAUAUCUUGUUCGCCAACUCUGUCGUCACCUCGCCCUCAGUUGACCUUGACCCGGCACACCUUCCACUUCUGAUUGCGCUGCUGCAACCAAAACCCAAGCCCCCCAAGCCAAAUCGAGAUUCCCGCAGCAGCCUCAUGUCACGCUAUUUGCCCAAAGCGAACAUGAAGUUCUCAUUACACGAGCCCGUUAUUCGCAUCAAGCUCAAGACACUUGAAAAGACGGAUGAUCCCGACGAUUUUGAUCUCAUUAUCUCGUCCAUAUCAUCCAUCUCUCUUGAUGUGGAGUCAUCACACUCUCCACUCGAGGACAUGCAUUAUUCUCUGGACGGUGCUAUGCGUAUUCAAUCACAUCAACUAUACUAUCACACCAAUUCUGGAGACAGGUUCAACCUCAUCACUACCGAAGCUACGGAACUCAAAGUGCACCUCGCAGCCAAUCCCGACGUAUCUGUCAAAGUUAAUGGCCUCAUUCAAUCCCUCGCAAUCAGUAUGGUGCGCCCAGAAAUCACCGAUGGUCUUCACCAAAUCGUCCGCCAACUUCGCAUCGAUGUUGAGCCUGAGAAGAGAGCCACUCCAAAAAGCAUCAAACAUAGAAAUCUGCUGCGCCGAGCACCAGAUUGGCUGCUCCGAUGCCAUCUUGAAGCGAAAGAUUUUAACAUCGAAGUAGCUGGUAUCGACGAAGACAUCUCAGACGAUACUCGUGGUGUAUCUGUUCAUCUUGACACCAUCGCCGCGGAGUAUCGUGCCCACCGCUUGGACGGACUGCAUCGCCGUUUGCCUAGGAGAAGAGCUCACAGCAGAUCCAUAACGCAGUCCGAUUCCGACAUGACACCAUCUUCUUCGCCACGCAUUAGACGCAAGGGUCAAACACACGGCGACGGAAGGAGAUUGUCUUUCAACGUCAGGGGCGCUGAAGCGCAGAUUAUGGAAGGCAUCGAUCGGCUCGAAGUUGAGCCUUUUGUCAACAUCCCACGCCUCGAGGUUCUGCUUUCGGCCGUGAGCGAUAGCCACGGUCCCAUGUUUAACGUGCAAGUGUCGGUGCGGACGAUCAUGAUGCAAUAUUCGCUCCUUCGCCAUUACUCAGUUGGUGUCGCUGCAUUGACUUUAAGAAAGGCUUUUCUGAGACCCGGACGAGAAGCACCGCGAGCUCAAGAACCGUCACACUUCAGAGCAAACCGAUUGUCCCCACCAAGCCGCUCCGGCGCAGACUCAUCGAUAAUAACGCCGGAAUUAGUCAUUCUGGAUGUCAAAGCUGCCCUGGUGCAGCUAAAAGCAGAGAUGCCUUACGACCCACUCAUCAUGCUGCGCAUUUAUGGCCUGGAGGCUGGACGCCACAGAUGGUCAACACCGUAUAUGACAUCCACGCUCAUUCGCUUCUACGUACAGCCUCCUAGAAUGCGAAAUGUCUGGGCUCGCAUGAUUGGCAUCAAAUCAGGCCGCCUCGACCUACGAGAAACCAGGCAUAAGACGACAAAUAGGCCUGUCGUGGAAGAACGACUCAUCGACAUCUCCACAGAAGCAAUUCGAAUUGCGGUGCCCCACGAGGUGAUUGUCGCUCGCAUCAGCGACAACAUCGUCAAUGUUGUCAAAUCUGUGCAGCAGCUUCACCAUCGCUUCAAAACUGGCACGAAUGAGUACAUCCUUGAAAAGAAGCCGGAAGGGCCGAAGCAAGUUCCAAAGAUUGCUGUCCGCUCGCGCAACUUUCUGUUUGAGAUCGAGGAUGGAGCCUUUGAGUGGAAGCUGGGUAUGAUUUACCGCGCUGGUCGGCAGGAGCAAGUCCAGCGCUUGGCUCGUGAUGAGGCUUUCAACCUGAAAAUUAAAAAAGUGCAAGAGGAAGAAGCACGACGUGGCGGUAGCAAACUCCGUUCUCGAUCUACAUUCGCACGCGGCCGGGUCGACAACAAUUCAACCUCUUGGUUUCGGAACCGCAGUGCCGAUCCUUACCGUCAAGAUCGUAGAGCUCGCUCCCCACGACGAGGCGGUCUUCCCACCUACGACCCAGAAGGCGGCAACCGCACUGUCAGUGGCGACGCAACAGUCAGCGAAUCUGAUGCUCGCGCUCACCUGGACAUGUUUAAUGCUCAGUCAUGGAAGAAGCGGAUCGAUCAAGCAUGUGCGACGUCACAAGAAAGCAUUCGCGAGCUGCGAGAAACGUUCUGGGGACGGAAUCACCUCCCUGAUGAUAUCCAAGAAACUGAGAACAUUCUAGAGGUACCACCACGACCGGCUCUCAUGUCUACAAUGAUUUCCGACUUGCAAGUAAUUAUCGACAAGCCUUCGUUUGCCAUGAAAGACCUUCCAGACUUCCUUUACAAGGUCGGCAAGGGCAUGCCUCGUGACAUGAAAUACGGCCUCUUGGUACCAAUGCACAUUGCAAUCAAUAUGAAUGAGGCGAGGGUUACUUUGCGAGACUAUCCACUUCCAGUGUUGCACAUUCCGUGCCUGAGAUCUGGGCAAUCUUCGAGGCAGCCAUCUGUCUCCCUCAGAACAAAUUUCGUUCUGGCAGAAGAAUUCCGCGGCAUCGAAUCUACAAGGCGAGUUCGUGUCAAUGUCAUCCCACCUAAGAGCAGCGACCCCGCAGCUUCCAACGAAGGUGGCUUUGCGAUUGAAGUCCGACGAACAAUGGGACCAGUGAAAUCCUUCACGGAUGUCUCCAUGGAUAUCAAUACAGCUCUGCCUACCCGAAUCACCUGGAGCCCAUGUUAUCAGCCCGCUAUACAAGACAUGAUGAUGGCCAUCGAAUCGUUUACAAAGCCACCCAUUGAUCCAUCUGAAAGAGUUGGUUUCUGGGACAAGCUGAGGCUCAAUUUUCACUCUCGCAUUCAUGUAGCUUGGAAAGGCGACGGCGAUGUACACCUCGCACUGAAAGGAACACGCGAUCCCUAUCAAGUGACUGGCAACGGUGCUGGUUUCCUCAUGUGCUGGCGAAACGAUGUUCGCUGGAACAUCAAUGCAGAAGACAACCCGAAGCAGUUCAUGACAGUGGAUAGUGGAGAGUAUGUGUUGGCCGUACCCGAUUACAGUCAUCAAGUACGUGAAUCGGCUAGAAGGCGGCUCGAGGAUGGCAGCCAUCUAGCUGAGGACAACCUCAGGCAGGCAACAGCUUUCAAGAAGGUAAUCAUGAAGCUCUCUGGCAAGGUACAGUGGCUAGCUGGCUUGGUAUUUGAAAAGGAGAUCGAAAAUGGACAUCGAAGCUUCGAUUUUAUCCCUCAUUACAAUGUCGUACUCAAGAAUCCACACUUCGCCCACAACGACGGGAAUCUUCCAUACGAUGCUUUUCGCGGCUUCAGAAGCCGGCAUAUUCACUUGUCGAUUGCAGUGCGAGCCCCGGUCGAUCGCGAAUGGUUGUCUUCAAAUCCGGAACCAUCACGAAGCUACAACACAAUUCAUUUAUCACCGCGCUUCUUCACGCACUUCUUCACGUGGUGGGGUCUCUUUAGUCAACCCAUGUCUCUUCCCAUCCGGCAAGGUAAUCUUUUCCCUGGUCGAGAGAAAAGUAGCAAGAAGUUUGGCAGACAUUUGGCCACAGUUAAGUAUAGCAUCUUGCUUGCGCCGCUGUUUCUGAGCCACAUCUACAAGCACAAAGACGCAGAGGACUAUGCGCAGAAUGAGGCAGUAUCAGCCACAGGUCUAAAGGUGCGCUUCGACAGUUUUAUGCUCGAUUUGCAUCAGCGCCGAGAGGAAUUCAACACUUUGGCGAAAACAAAGAACUCUCCCAGCAGGACUUCAGGCAUCAAGAUUCACGCUGGCCACCUUGAUCUCGCAGCUGCGGACAUCCGAGCUGUAUCGGCAAGUUUGAAGGGGACAACGACUGAAGCGAUCAAGAAGGGCUCCAUCUCAUCACUGAUCACGGACCAAAUAGACAAUGACAAACCUGAUCUUGCGCAGUUCACCAUCCCUGACAACGACUUUAGUUGGAUUGAUAUGGACGACUUUGUUGAAUUAGACUGGAUUUUGCCAACAGAGGCGCAUCCUGACACUAAAAUUCUUCCCCUGGCAUACGCUCCAAGAUUCACAUAUUUCCGGCAGACAGACAUCGGUGGAGUCAUCUCUGGCGACCCGACCCGAACAAGUCCGUUUGGCAAUGAACCAACCCACUUCUGUCUGCUCAGUCAAGAAGACGACAACAAGAAAGUUCAGAUGCAGCUGAUCCAAGAGCGGCUUGAUCAAUUGGAGGUUCAGAUGCUGUCCCACUCCCGCAACGUCGGCGAAGCUGAGUUGAAGCUCGUGCAGGCCACGACCAAGGACAGCAGUCUUGUGGAAGACUUUGAUGCUCUGAAGCGACACACAAGUGUUCUCAAGGACAAGAAAGCCUUCUUAGAGAAUAUGAUGGAGCAAGUUCGAAUUAAGAUUCGGAGCAGCGGUAGUCGCGCAUUCACUCCGUCCUUGACCCGUGAUCCGUCUUCGGAUGACUCGAGUAGUGAAGAUCAAGUGAUGGAUAUUCCGCCUACGUCGCACUUUGAGAGCGAAUUCAACAAUCGGUUUGUGAUUCACAAUAUGCAGUUGAAGUGGAACAAUCUGCUACGGAAUAUUGUGCUGCGCUACAUUCACCAAAACGGUCAAAGACGAGGCUUUGUGUACUACCUCUCCCGACGUGCAAUCAAGUUCAUUCUGGACAUGGUGGAUGAGCAGAACAAGACGAAGACGACGAAUCCUGGGAAAUCUCAGGCGACGCCGGCUGCCAAGUCCUCCCCAGCCACGCCUAACAACGGAAAGCAAGCCCCCCCAGAUUUGGAGGAUCGCAUCCGAAGUAUACUGGAAGAUGGAAGGAGAUUUUCUGCUACUUCUAAUUUCGUCCCUAACGAAGACGGAUCCAUCAGCGGCACCAUUGAAGACCUCGAGUGCGGGAUCUCCAAGGACUUUAGCCCCCAAAAUAGCUACCACGUGCGGCUUAUUGCCCCCCAAAUUCAGCUACAGAGUGACAAAAACAAGAAGCAUGUGGUUCUGAUCACUGCCAAGGGUAUGGAGCUCAAAGUCGUUGAAGUCAUGGAUAAAGACCGCAUCUCCGAUACUGUCAGCGGCCUGGUCCAGCGCCGAUUUCUCGUCAAUAUGGAUAGUACUCAGUUCUUCGUCACCCAUCAAAAGUGGUUCCAAACCCACCUGGUGUCGAUGUAUGCUGGAAGCAGAUACGGCACACCUAGUGGCUCAGCCUGGCCUCCGUGGGUCCCGAUGGAGAUCAUGUUUGACUUCCAAGCCGAUCCCUUUGGCUUCAAGCGUGUUGUGCGGAAAACGUCUGCGGUGCUUCGCUUUGACAAAUACAACACACUUCGUUUGAAGUACAACGCGGAAGUCGGCACCGAGGACAAUGGCGAUUCGGACGAGCAGGCUACGGAGUCGAGGACAGACAAUCUCUGGAUUGAAUUCCCUCAAGUCCGUGUCCUGUGCAAUUCGUCGCAAUACUAUGCCAUGUACGUUAUCGUGCUCGACCUGCUCAUGUACAGCGAACCACUCGAGAAGACGAGAAGUGAGCGAUUGGAAAAGAUUAUGCUGGCUUCCGAUUUUAGCGAUCUCAGCGGCGCACCGGCAAUGGUGAUGAAGCUGCAGGAGAGGAUCAGGCAGCUGGAGGAGAUCAAGAUGCACUUCCAAGUAUAUUCCAAGUAUCUAGACAAACGAGGCUGGGAAGAACGCCUGUUACUGGAGCGUGAUUUGGCUGCUUGCGAGGAUGAGUUGUUUUUCCUGAUGAAGGCAACCACAACUUCACAGCGCAAGCACGAUGUGAGUGCGGAAUCGACACCGUUGGUGAAGUGGAGUAUCGCGGCUCGUGAGAUUGUGUGGCAUCUCAUUCAGAACACAAGUGAACCGUUGGUGGAGCUGCAGCUGAAGGAUGUUGAGUACGAUCGGACUGAUAAUUCGGACGGUUCUCAUAUGAACCUGUUCCGCGUGAAAAAGAUUCUCGGACUGAACCUGCUCAAAGACGCAACCUAUCCAGAAAUCAUUGCGCCGUAUGUUGAUGGUGAGAAGGCUAAGAAGAAGGACGGCGACGAAGACAUGAUUCGUGUGUACUGGCACAUGCUUGACGCCAUUGCCGGAAUCCCAGUGAUGGAUAGUUUCGAAGUGAAUUUGUUCCCAAUGAAAGUCCAGCUGGAGCGCGAAGCUGGUCAACGCCUCUUUCAGUACAUUUUUCCUGAUAUGGACGGCGAAAAGUCGUCUGCAGGUAAACCUGAGACGCCGGCAAUUAUCAGAACGGAGGCCGACGAUGACGAUACUGAGUCCCUUGCAAGCUCAACAGGCAGGCUAGCAACGUCAGGCGGUUUGACGGUGGACAAGGAAGCCAACUUCUCGACGCGUCCUGGGUCGCUAGAGCUACGACUUCGUCCAACACUGUCUUCUGUCGGUCCUGAGGAAGGUCCAAGUCCUAACAAGGCCAUGAGUGUUCAUUCUACCGAGAGCCAAAGCGGCUUUCGCCUGUUCCGAUCCAGUGGAACGGGCAAGACGAUUGGCAAGAAGUCUUCUCAUGAUUCAUUGAGAUCUGGCCGCCCUGGUGCCCUGGCUCGCGCUUCGACGGGCCUGUCGACAAAAGAUAGUCGAGAGUCGGAGGCUAAAAAGUCGUCGCGUUUCAACAAGGGCAAGAAGGUGGAUGACAAGCAAUCUGACGAUCUUAGCAAGAUGAUGGAUCGUGCCAGCAAUUACACGACUUUUGCCCACAUCAAGAUGCCGUCGGUUGUUUUGUGUCUGAGCUACAAAGGCAAAGACCAGCGCAACUUUGAAGACGUUCACGAUUUUGUGUUUCGACUGCCGACGUUAGAAUGGCAGAACAAGACUUGGUCGAACCUGGACCUGGCGCUGGCGCUGAAGAAGGCAGUUAUGAAGGCGCUCAUCUCGCACACAGGCGCUAUUAUUGGCAACAAAUUUUCCAAGCACCGUCCCAACGCUGAGCAAAGAAGCAAGCUUCGCGAAAUGGCCAACAGCUCGGUGCUGAUUGCACCUGUUCACACAAGCGGUGCGGCUUCGACGUACGCUUGCAGCAUCAAUGACAGCGACGACUCGUCGAGCCUGUACGGCGCAUCUCCGGUUGACUACUCGCGAUCGCCACCGCAGUCGCGCGGUAGCGCUCACAACAGCGUUACACCGUUUCAGCGCCCGGAAAGCCGUGGUAGCAGCAUCAGCGGCUUCAGUCAAAUGACUGGUGGCUCCAGCCAUGCUGGCGGAGGACAGGCCCCCGCGUUCCUGACUAUGACGCCACCGACACCUGUGGAUGCAAAAAACUCGGAAGGCGGUGGACUCGGCCUCGGUAUCGAAUACCUACGUCCGUCGUCUAGCGGCGGCGUUGCUGGCUCAUCGCACCGGCGACUACUCAGAAACUUACCGGCGAGCGACAACCGGCCUGCCACCAGCGCGAGCACCAUGAGCAGCCACGCAGAGAGCUCGGCCGCGGCGAGUGAAGGACGUCGGAAGAGCGGCGGUGGGGGGCUGAAGAGCAAAAUUCAUCUGUUUGGACGCAAGAGCCAUAGAGAGAGCUCAGGCAAAACAGAGGACGACGAAUCGGGCGAUGAGGCGAAGAGCCGAGGCAAGCGAUUGAGCUGGACACAGGGCCGAACAAAGACUGGCUAA